AUGUUCAAAGUCGGGGACGACUUCGACCGAAUCCAGGCUGCUCGACCUGACUACAAGUGCGAUGCGCAAGUCACCUUUUCCAAGCCUCCCAACCCGGACUGGAAGCAGGGCGAUGGUGCGAAUGAUGGCGGUGAGAGCUUGAAAAAGGAGCACGUGGAGAUCGACCCGUACGAGGAAGGACGACCAGUUUCGGCAAACUAUAAACUCUUGAUCUCGGGGAUUGUCCCAAGACCUAUUGCGCUCAUUAGCACCAGAUCACAGGACGGCAAGACAACCAACCUGGCACCAUUCAGUUAUGCCCAGGUCAUCAAUCAUGAUCCUCCUCUCUUCACUGUGGGAUUCGUUGGGUCGCUUGAGAAAGCUAAGGACUCAUUGAAGAAUAUGGUCGAAACCGGAGAAUGUGUGAUCAAUCUGAUCUCGGAGCAUUUUGUGGAGGCAGCCAACGCGACUGCCGUCAGCGCACCAUAUGGAGUCUCGGAGUGGGAAAUUUCAGGACUCCAUCAAGCAACGUGUUCCGUCGUCCAAGCUGCCCGCGUGAAGGAGUCCAUCCUCUCAAUCGAAGGGAAGCUCGUUGAAACCAAGGAGUUCCAGAGCAGAACAACAGGAAAAACAACAGGCACCUUGGCGAUCAUCGAAGGUGUUCGUUUCUGGGUGAGGGACGAUGCGAUUGAUGACGAGAAGGCCGUUGUCGACCUGAAAGUCCUGAAGCCGAUCAGUCGGCUAGGGGGUAUUGCAUACGGACUGACUACGGACGCUAUCGAGCUUUUGAGACCGAAAUUUUAG